AUGUCUCUCGCAACCCUCGAUCCCUCCCAACACCCCUACCUCCCCGAGUCCUCCACAACCCUCUUCCGCGCCAAAGCCACCAAAAAACUCACCUUUGAACAAAUCGCCCAACACCUUGGUCGCAACGAAGUCGCCGCCGCGGCCAUCUUCUACGGCCAGGCCAAGGCCUCCCCCGAAGACAUCCAGAAACUCUCCGAACUACUCGGCAUCCCCCACGAAACACUGGAGGGACAGCUGGGUGGAUUUCCAGACCGGGGUAGAACGGUGGAGAUGCCGCCCAAGGAACCGUUAAUUUAUCGCUUGUAUGAGAUUGUGCAGAAUUAUGGGUAUGCGUACAAGGCGGUGCUGAAUGAGAAGUUUGGAGAUGGUAUUAUGAGUGCGAUUUCCUUCUCGACCAAGGUGGAGAAGGAGACGGAUGCGGAUGGGAAUAAUUGGGCGGUGAUUACGUUGAGAGGAAAGUGGUAA